AUGACCUCGAACCUUCCGGCGCAACCCCGGCCGCCGCCUUCAACUAACAUCGUCACUGGCUGGGGAAGGCAGCGCAGUUACAACGCAUUGCCUACGACCUCCUCCUCUCCUCGAGUAUCAGGUCCAUUCUUUCCCACCCAGGAUGGACCUCAAGACGUGCACAUGACAUCCGAGCUCGAUAUCAGACCAGUGAAGAGACGGAAGGUAGACAGUACCGAUACGAGUCCGAAGUCUGCGAUCACAAACCUAGAUGGCAGUGACGAACCCCAACAAAUAGAUCAGAGGAAGUAUGUUGGUGCUAGCUGGGUUACUGCGCUUGCAGCGCACGAUGGGGCCCAGGCUUCAGUUGGGGCUUAUUCCGAGAAGACAAUUCCCCUUCCACGAAUGCCGUGGUCUGCAUCAUCUGCUUCAAAUCUUCCGCCAGCUAGAGUCAGAACUUCUUGCAGGUACAGGGUGGAUGCAAAGGUGUCCAAUACUCCAGACUCACUCCAGUGUCCUUCUAAUGCUCCCACCUUGGAGCCGAAGAAGCCUGCCGACUACUAUGUUUGGGCUGGCAAUCAUCCUGAAGACGCUACCAAUGAGAACAACGUAAAAGCAGGCUAUUGGGACAGAGCACCACAGCCUCCGGAAAGGGAGUCCAAUACAGCCAAGCCCGCUCUCUACAACGCCUUCAAGCAUCGUCAGGGACUGCAAAGCCUGUCGGCACUGUUCUCGCUUGUACUGGACCAGAAAUCUAAGCACGGAGCUCUGGACUCAAGUACCACCUUCCGACCCCCACCUCGUGUGACAUUAACUGAAGCUAAGAGGAGGUCGUGGAUUGCUGAUUUGGCUGAUGGAGGUGUACCACUUCGACGGUUGAGCAGGACCAUUCCCCAAGGAAUUAAGGGCCUUCCAUUGCUUGAGCAGUGUCUAAUCAAUGCGGUGCCAGCAAACCGGGCAUUGUGGUUCGCAAAAUGUGUAGGAGCCAAUGAGAUUCGGAUAUUAAAGAGGAAGGGCAUAACCGCCAACGUGGCCGCUAGUGCAGAAAGUAAAUGGCUGAAGGAAUGGACUAGCAGCGUUGAGCAAUUUCUAGAGGCUGCUGUCAAUCAUUGUGGUAAAGAGAAGUGGUCCGCGAACCUGAGAUAUAGCCUUCAGUUGUGCACAAGACUCUAUCAGGAAAAUCUACUAGAGAAAGACCAUUUUCUCGACUGGAUCGUCAAAAGUUUUGCAACAUGCAAAUUGGAACUGCUUGCGGCUUGGCUGCCACUUGUCCAGCUUUACAGACAAGACCUGGUUCGUUUCAGAAAAAGGGCCAGAUCUACAGCCGGGGCAUUACUGUCGCGUCUGACGGAGCUCUCAGAUCUAGGUGCAACCCACAAUGUGUUGUGGGAGAGGUUGCAGAACACUGUUCGUGGACUCUUAAUCCUACAACCAGCCUGUUUUCUGAUGCCAGAUCAGUGGCGAGGCUACGCCGCCCCGUUGCAGGCAUGUCUCAAUCCCGCAGAUGAGAAAGAGCAGCGGAUCUAUGAUCAUAUUGCAAGCAGGAAUCGCCGACUUCUGGGCACUGAUUCAAAAGAGGAAGCCUCUCCAAGAGUCGACAAAGCAGUCUUUGAGGUUCUCGACAGCGCUGUCGCACCGUUCGACCUAGAUUUCUUGUCUCAGUCCCUAGACAACAUCACCACAAAUCGUGCCGAGUUGACCGGAUUCUGCCUACAAUGGGCGACAUCAAGGUUCCGAGGUGAAAAAGCUAGAGUCUUCCUGAUUGCGAGACUGUUGAGACGGUGGCAUCGCAUGGGCAGUCAUAUUGACACAGUGAUGCUUGCCUUCUUCACCUGUGAGCGAGACCUGUCCUUGCUCGAUCCGGAUAGCUAUAGGCACUUGUUUGCCGAAUUGUCACGAAGCAAAACGUUCUCGAAUAGUCGAUUCCUUCAAUCCUUGAGCAUCAAGGGUUCAAGUGCGUCUCGAUCGACAACAGAAUCAUCACAAGAUUGCUCCUUCCUUCUACGAGAUUUGUGCUUAGCAGAUUCAGAUGAUCACAUGCUGCACCUUCGUAGCCAUUUACUAAAGAGGCAACAAGAUUCAUCAUUCCAGGAUAACGGAGAGAUCGAGCUCAUAAAGUAUGCAUUGAAACAGGUGUUACAUGAGGACACGUCGGAUGAAGGUGCUUACAAGAAGACUGAAGUGCCUCUUGAGACUCUUCAACGUCUAGACUGGGCCGAUCGCUUCAAUCUGUCAGCAUUUCUGCGGGCUGAAACAGCUUCAUUAUCGAAGCUUGCAGCUGUAGAAGUGGCUGGAAGACCGCCUCUACCAGGAAGUAGGCAAUUGACCCUGCGCCAAUUCCUGGUCGUGCGUGAUACUCUCGAGGCGAUGGACGACAUCGCACUGUUGGCUGAUGUUUUGCAUCUGCUUUCAAACACAAAGCAGGAAUGCAUACUGGCUGCGAUGGCCGACACCGUCCACUAUCAUGCUGCCUCCCUGUCAGCCAUUGGGGCCCUUGAACCACUUCAGAAGAGCUUGGGACGAGCGUAUAUUGUCCUACGAACAGUAAGGCCGUGUAUCUUACAUCUCGCUACUGCUCUGGUGGACCUGUGUCGCGACUUUCCCUGUCCCAUCACCCCUUUACGAGCACUUCACCAGGACCUGAUCCGUGGCGACAGAGGAAGAGCCCUCGCUGCGUGCUCUCCGUUCAGUGACGGAGUGGCGGAAUCCUUGCAACAGGCUGGGGCAACUUUCGUCGAUGAUUUCGAAGCAAUUCUCCAAGGUGAACCCAACAUGAACGAGCAAGCCAUGACGUCGCUCCUCACACUUCUCGUAAGCCGAAUCACCAAGGACGGGGGCGACACGCAGAGGCAAGGACAGCCUCAAUUGUACCAGCUUCUAGCUCGACUGAGACUGUUCAGAACGGCUCAGGCUGAUAUGCUGAUCAGGAAGUGGCUCAUUCAACUGUUCUCUGCAACCUGGUCUGAGGUGCAGUUCAAUGUGGUGAUUGAGCUUCUGUACAACCGUUGUGCCACGAUCGAGACGCUUCUUGAAGUAGUCUUACAAAGCCCCCAGGUAUCUAUGUCCCAAGAUGGUAUCCGAGAUCUGAUAGUUGCUUCCUGCUCAGGCCGACUCAAUACCGACACCGAACGCUCAUAUGUGGUUAAGGUUGCCGCUCAGCGUUUCUUUGCCUCAAGCCCUCUGCAUGCUCUUGAGCUUCUGCUUGGGGUACCACUUUCGGUGCCGGGGAUUUUCAGCGAUCUGAUAUCAAUACUCUUUCGCGGGCUUAGUCAAGAUCCCAAUUUGAAUGGCUUGACAAGUUCGGCAAGCAAGAAUUUGAUCACAGUGGUUGAUGAGCUACUAGGACAUCCUCACCAGGGUGCUCUCGACCUUGAUCAGAUGCUAUCGCGCAUUGGUUUUCUGUCGCUGCCCUUUGUCCAGUUCCGUGUUUCAACUCUCAGUGGAAAGACACCGUCAUCGACUGACGAAGCAGAAUUAGCACACAAGUCUUUGCAGAUGUUUCGUGGUCUGCACCUCAGCGUCAACGAGGACACUAUGGCUCCUGAAAUUGUGCAAGCAAUGCUUGAUGUUAUGCCGGCAGGAGUCAGCGACCGAGUCAGAAAUAUGGUUGAGCAGCAAUUUUUUGAUACACUGCCCAGGCUAUUUCAUGGCAAAACAAGUUCGCAGCCUCUACAUGCUACCUCUGAGGAAAAACAAAGAAGCUUCAGCGCUGUGCAAAAGAUUGUCUCGCUUGGCCCAGCUCGGACAGGACAAGGCUCGAUGGACGAAAACGGUACGAUGAUUGAGAAGCUAACUGUUGUGGCCAAGAUGCUUGGGUCUCGGAACGAGGCAACGGCAGCUGCAAGCAAUUCUACCUCAGCGAACGCCUCGUCUCUUCUGUCUCCGGCGUAUCAGGCCCUGCAAAUUGCUCUACCAGGUCCUCACGGGGACAACCGCUAUCGGGACAACAUUGUGCAUGUAUUGGAAUAUUUAAAUAUGUUCCUGAUAGUUGUCGGUCUAAGGGCAAGCUUCUUCAGCCACAAAAACGGUCUAACGACUCCAAAAGCGCACCAACACGAGCAGAUCAAGCUCAUCGCCUUGCUGGCAAGUAUCGCGACGCAACCCUCAUUGACUCAACUACUACAGUCGGGCCUUGAGGAGGCAGUAACCGUCAAAGUGCGGGCGAUCAUUGAGUUCUCACUCGAUGUAGCGGCGCGACUGGCAGAUGAUCUAUCAGAUGAAGCACGACAUAUUUGCACACGAAUACUCAAAGAUCGACUUCGAGACGAACGAACAAUGUGGCUAGUGGGCAGUAUGACCACGUACAAUAAUGUCAACAACCCUGCUGGACAUGGACUUUCGAUUAUGCACGAAACAAAAGGGUUUGUAAGCGAAUUCCGGCCAAGACCAUGGGAAAUGCUUGAGAGUGGUGGAGGGAAAGAGAAUGACACGUGUCUUGGAUUAGGUUUAUUCGGUGCAAAGAGGAUGGGAAGCAUUUAA